AUGAGAUCCAAAACACAACUCUCAUGCAAUCUCAAACUAGUUCUUAUCUCUUUCAUAUCUAUCUUUUUCUUCAUCAUGUUAUUCAAAUCAUCACUAUUUUCAUUUUCUCAACCACUCACUUCAACCUCAAAAACAAACAACCUCUCAAUAAUCUCAUCACAACAAGAAACUGAAAAACCAACCAAACUACCAGAGUGCCCCUCACUUCCUAUAUCACCAACAUGCACAAAAAACCCUCCAUCAUUAGUCAAUGCAAUAAUUCAUUAUGCAACAACAAAUAUAACUCCUCAACAAACAAUUCAAGAAAUUUCGGUAUCAUCGAAAAUUCUUCAAAAGAAAUCACCAUGCAACUUCUUAGUAUUCGGCUUAGGCCACGAUAGUUUAAUGUGGACGUCAUUAAACUACGGUGGCCGAACCGUUUUCUUAGAAGAAGAUAAAUCAUGGAUAGAACAAAUUCAAACAAAAAUCUCCGGUUUGGAAUCCUAUCAUGUUGUGUAUGAUACAAAAGUUGAUCAAAGUGAUGAACUAAUGAGAAUUGGAAGGGAAGACAAUUGUAAAGAAGUUAGUGAUCCAAGAUAUUCAAAAUGUGAAUUAUCACACAAAGGUUUUCCUAGUGAAAUAUAUGAAGUUGAAUGGGAUGUGAUCAUGGUGGACGCGCCGACGGGCUACUUCGAUGGCGCGCCGGGGAGGAUGAGUGCCAUUUAUACGGCUGGUUUGAUUGCUAGGAACAAAGAAAAUGGUGAAACGGAUGUGUUUGUGCAUGACGUUGAUAGAAAAGUUGAAGAUGAGUUUUCUAAGGCUUUUCUUUGUGAAGGUUAUUUGAGGGAACAAGAAGGAAGGAUUAGGCAUUUCAAUAUACCAAGUCAUAGGGCUCGUUUGGGUAGACCCUUUUGUCCAUGA